AUUCCUCAAAUAGCCCCUAUUAGUUGAUUAACUUUAUUUUUUGUUUUUUCUAUCACAUUAGUAAUUUUUAAUAUUAAAAAUUAUUUUUGUUUUUCUUAUAAUUCAACUGAAACAUCCCAAAACUUGAAUAUUAAACAACACAAAUUAAACUGAAAAUGAUAA